GAAAUUUCCUAUUUCGUGCAGCUCAUUCCAGCUCGAUAUUUCUUAUUCCGGGACCUUUGGUUGAAAUUUACGGUUUUUUCCACCAUUAUUCGAUAAAAAUUUGUAAUUAAAAUCAUGUCUGAUAAUGAUGAUUAUGAUAUGGAUGAUAAUGAUGACUACGGAUUGGAUUACUCCGAUGAAAAUGAAUCUGAACCAGAUGUCGAUCUAGAAAACCAGUAUUAUAACUCUAAAGCACUUAAGGAGGACAACCCGGAAGCUGCCAUAGAGAGUUUUCAAAAGGUUUUAGAAAUCGAAGAAAAAGAAAAAGAAAAAGGAGAAUGGGGCUUUAAAGCCCUAAAACAGAUGAUAAAGAUUCAUUUUAAGUUGGGAAAUUUUGAAGAAAUGAUGAAGCGUUACAAACAAUUACUAACAUAUAUAAAAAGUGCCGUGACAAGAAAUUAUUCUGAGAAAUCUAUCAACUCUAUUUUAGAUUAUAUAUCAACAUCAAAACAGAUGGACCUUCUACAUAAUUUUUACAUUACUACUUUAGACGCUUUGAAAGAGGCAAAAAAUGAACGUCUGUGGUUCAAGACGAAUACAAAGUUGGGAAAAUUAUAUUUUGAUCGAGAAGAAUAUCCAGCCCUUCAAAAAAUAUUGAAACAAUUGCAUUUAAGUUGUCGAACUGCGGAUGGCGAAGAUGAUCUAAAAAAGGGAACGCAACUUCUAGAAAUAUACGCCUUAGAAAUUCAAAUGUAUACUGAACAGAAAAAUAAUAAAAAGUUGAAGGCUCUUUAUGAGCAAUCGCUUAAAAUAAAGUCUGCUAUACCUCAUCCUCUUAUUAUGGGUGUUAUAAGAGAAUGUGGUGGCAAAAUGCAUCUACGUGAAGGAGAAUACGGAAAAGCACAUACAGAUUUUUUUGAAGCGUUUAAAAAUUAUGACGAAAGUGGAAGUGCUAGAAGAACAACUUGCUUAAAAUAUUUAGUGUUGGCUAAUAUGCUUAUGAAGUCCGGUAUAAAUCCCUUUGAUUCACAAGAAGCUCAACCAUACAAGAAUGAUCCAGAGAUAACAGCUAUGACAAGUCUCGUUAGUGCCUAUCAAAAUGAUGAUAUUAAUGGUUUUGAGACAAUUUUGAAGGACAAUCGCACUACUAUUAUGGAGGAUCCAUUCAUUAGAGAGCAUGUAGAAGAUUUGCUUAGAAAUAUCAGAACUCAAGUUUUGAUAAAAUUGAUUAAGCCAUAUACCAGGAUUCACAUACCUUUCAUUUCAAAGCAAUUGAAUAUAGACGCAUCGGAAGUAGAGAGUCUGUUAGUUGCCUGCAUCCUGGAUAACUCGGUGAAUGGUCGAAUAGAUCAAGUUGCCCAAGUUUUGGAAUUGGAUGCUGAAAUGGCCCAAAUUCAAGCGAAUUGGAGUUGGAAAUCUGGAUCUGAAAAAGUCAAAUUAUCUCCCUCUAAACUUAUUGCUUAUAUAAAUAAUGAUUUCGUCGAUGGUGCUAAGGGGACAUCUGUUGUUCGCAGUGAUCGCCCACUUCUUGAUGGUAUUCACUAUUGGGAGAUAUUAUUUCACGAACCUCCCUGUGGUGCUUGGGUAGUUGUUGGUGUUUGUAGUGAGAACUCUCCUACAUACUCACCUGAAGUCAAAAAUCUCCUCGGCGGAACUGAUGAUCAGGCCUGGGGUUUAAAUUAUAAAGGCACUCUCCAUCACAAUAAAAGAAAAAUUUCCUGUUGUCAACCAUUUUAUUCCGAAAACACAACUAUUGGUGUCGAAUUAAACGUUUAUACCGGAAAAUUAUCUUUCUAUAAGGAUGGAGAGCUGUUGAACGGAGGCUAUAAACAACUUUGGAAGGCGAAAACACUCUAUCCAGCCGUUUGCAGUACAGCUGCUGGUACUGUUGUUGAAGUUGUACAACGAUCUUAUAUGUAUGGCAAUCUUCAAGAUAUGUGUAUCCUAGUUUUAUUAAGAAACAUAAGUUCAUCUGGUGACGUUGACAAACUACCUCUUCCACCUAUUAUUAAGGGACGAUUACAGAAUUUAUUUUAA